CAAGAGAAACGAGUAGUGGGUGUGUUUUCACACUAGACAAAAAAACAGAACUAUUGAUUAAAACCAACAUAAUUUCAAGAAUAUAGUGAAUAUUUUAACUGCAAUUCAUAGAAAUUCAAGUAAUAAUCAAAUCGGAAAGUUAAUUUACAAGAAAAAAGUUAAAUAAAAGAAUAGCACGCAGCUGCAAAACAAAUAAGUUUGUGAGUGCGCGGCGUCAAAGCAAAGCAUAAUGGGAAAAGACUUCUACAAGAUAUUGGGCAUUGACAAGAAGGCCACAGAUGAUGAUAUUAAGAAGGCGUACCGAAAAUUGGCACUCAAAUACCAUCCGGACAAGAACAAGAGCCCGCAAGCGGAGGAGCGCUUCAAGGAGAUCGCAGAGGCGUACGAGGUGCUGUCCGACAAGAAGAAACGCGACAUUUACGAUCAGCACGGUGAGGAGGGACUGAAGGGUGGACCACCCGGACCAGAUGGCAGCGGCCAGCCAGGCGCCUACACUUACCAGUUCCAUGGUGAUCCACGCGCCACAUUUGCACAGUUCUUUGGCUCGCAGAAUGUCUUCGGCACAGCGGAUCCGUUUGGUGCCUUCUUUGGUGGCGGCGGCGGUGACGGAACUGAGCAAGUCUUCAUGAACAUUGGCGGUGAUGAAAUGUUCAACGCUGGCGGUUUUGGCGGCAAUCCUAUGGGCGCCUUCCGUUCCCAGUCGUUUAAUGCACAAGCGCCCAGCCGGAAGCGCCAGCAACAGGACCCACCAAUCGAGCAUGAUUUAUAUGUGACGCUGGAAGAAGUCGACAGAGGCUGCACAAAGAAAAUGAAGAUCUCGCGCAUGUCCAUGUCAACGGGCACGGCGCGUAAAGAGGAAAAGGUGCUGAGCAUUACUGUAAAGCCGGGUUGGAAGGCAGGCACAAAGAUCACAUUCCCCAAAGAAGGCGAUCAGGCGCCACAAAAAGUGCCUGCGGACAUCAUCUUCAUCAUACGCGACAAGCCGCAUCCGCAAUUCAAGCGUGAGGGCAGUGAUUUGCGCUACAAUGCCCAAGUCAGUCUCAAGCAGGCCCUGUGCGGCGCCUCAGUAUCAGUGCCAACGCUCCAGGGCGAUCGCAUAGCAGUCAACACACAGGGCGAAGUCAUCAAACCCACCACAACGAAGCGUAUUAGUGGGCGCGGCUUGCCUUUUCCCAAGGAGCCGUCGCGACGCGGCGACCUGAUCGUUGCCUUCGACAUCAAAUUUCCCGAUUCGCUCCCUCCCAGUCUAAGGAACCAACUAGCGGAGCUGCUGCCAAACUAAAUGUGAUUGGCUAAGCCAAGUUGUUUCGUACUACGUUGAGCUCUAUCCUCCUACAACAAAUUUGUAUAGUAUGUUUUAAAUUAAGUUCUAAUUUUAGUUAUAAUCCUUAUACUGGGACACAAAAUUAAUUUGUCGGUUUACGCUUGAAAUGUUUUAUGUAUAAACAUAACAUGCCAAACGAGUGUUUAAAAAUUGGCAUGCUGAUAUAUCUCGCCAAUUUGGAAUCGAUGUAGAUAUAAAUGCAAAUGCUAACCAUAGAGUUGUUCUCGCGAUAAGAUAAGUAAUGAAAAUACAAAACACUGACACACACACAUAUGUAUAAGAUAGCUGAAAGUGUUUUGAGCUGGAGACUGAUCGGUUACUUAAUUAUGUAUAUUUUCCCUAUUCUAAACAUAAUCCAAGUAAAUAAAUUGAAAAGAAAAUUGUUAAAAGUU